AUGGUAGGCGUUCCAAGGAGUAAAGGAUGUAGAAUAUGCGUCCAGCGUCGCGUCAAGUGCGACCAGACACGCCCAGUGUGCAACAAUUGCUUGAAAGGCAAUCGUCCAUGUCCGGGAUAUGAUUCCGAUCUCAGGAUCCACGAUGAAGGCACCAAACUUCGAAGACGAUAUGGUCCAAAAGACGUCAGCGACACCAAAACCGACUCGGACAGUUCCUCCCCAUCCACCAGCCUAUCAACAGAGUCAUCUCCUGAAGAAUCCACGGAGCUAGUUACGCGACACAAAACACCCUACUCUGAGACAACGCAGGGCUAUCGUGGUGAUAUGCUUUUACCCUCGCGGAACCCCUUUUUCAGCCUUCUCGAGAAUCAAAUCUACCCCGAUGCCGACCCUUUGGAUUCUAGAUCUCUGAGUUCCUCUUUUAACUUCAAUGACCUCCUCGAUGGCGGUUCAGUCGAUUUAGAUAUCCCGUUGGAAAUGGCGCCAAACAACUCGGUCUAUUCUCCCUUUCUUGUCCAAGAACAACUUCUAAACACGUUUUCCUCCGCCAUGGGAACGACUGCCGGUAACCUGGUCCUUCCUCGUCAUAUGCAGAGUCACACUCGUUGGCUCUCGCAACUCCCUCGGCUAUUUGGUACCAAAUUGCUCGACAGUGCUGUUCGCGCAGUCUCUCUGAUUCAUUUAGGCCGAGUUCAGCAAUUGGACGUAUUGGUACACGAGUCAAGUCACUUCUAUGGCAAAGCACUUCGUCUUCUAAACCAGUCACUGACUGAUCAUACCAAGGGCAUGUCAACCGAGACACUCUCGGCCACCAUUCUUCUUUCAUUUUAUGAAAUGUUCGCCUCCGACUCGAACGAAUCUUGGGUGCGCCAUGCAGGCGGGGCCGGCACGUUGAUGCGCAUCCGCGGACCAGCACGACAUCUCCAUGGAGUCGAUCGAGACGUCUAUCUUGCCUAUCGUCACACCAUUGUUAUUGACGCCUUCCAACGAGACGAACCUUGUUUUCUCAGUGAGCCUGAGUGGCUGGAGCUAUCAAAAACAAUUCACGAGGAUCUCCGCUCGUCCGGUCUGUCAAAAGAGCGUCUGGAAAUCUUUGACCUGGCAGAGGAAUUCUACCUGGAAAGUGUGUUCGUUCCAACCACCUUUAGCCAUGUAAGAAAGAUCCCAGAAGCCCGUCUGCGAUUGAACCCCGAACAAUUCAAAGUGUACGAAGAAUCCAUUCUGGAACGAUGCCGGCAACACCGAACGAACCUCAAAUCCAUCAACUUACGAUUUCGGGCCGCUCUCAAAAAGAUAGGAUUGGAAACCACCACUUAUGAGACCCUCGACCCUGUUUUCCCGAUCCAAUACGGAUAUGUCAAUGUCUUCAUCGGCUCAACCCACGUUGGACACUGGACGAUUUUGCUCCUCCUCAACAUCAUCCUGAAGGAGAUGGAAAUGGAGUUCGCUCCAGAAAAGACCGGUCUCUACCUGAUGGAAAAUAGGGAAAUCGCACGUGAAAUUUGUCGGACGACACCCUUCAUGUUGACAUCAUCUUUCCACGGACCGUUCUUCAUCAUUUUCGCCCUCAGACUGUGCUUGAUGGUCUUUGAACCGGGAAUGGAAAGGGAAUGGGUGAUUCGAAAGCUGGUUCAUAUCGGACAGACCCAUAUGAAGAUGGCCGCGGACAUACCUGUUUUAGAGCCGGAUUCCAGCAUAUCAUCCAAAGGGCAGGAAAACCCUGGCAAAGUCGAUGUCGAUGUCGUGGGAUAG